GUUUACGAGGCGCAGCGGGCGCGCGCUGUGGGAUUUCAACAGUCGCAAUGCGGGAGGCGGGGCGGGCAGUGCCACUGAGUGGUAGGCGGUUUAGUAUCUGUACAAUAGCAUCCACAACAAGCCACAGUCUAUCUUAUAAACUACAACAACUACGUCACAGCCUCAGCCGUGCGGUACGCGUCCGGAUGCGGAGGUUGAAAGUCGAAGCAAAACAGGCACCGCGUUGGUGCAGACCCGAUGGCGAUCUGGCAGCGCGGCUGAGUCAGUUUUGGGUUAGGGCCAAUUCAGAGGCUGAGCAAAACUCAAUUCGCGGGGCUCAGCCGCCUCGAACAAACGAACGGUUUAAAAGCAGCGGCCGGGCCUCGAUCGGGUGGUUUGUUUAUCUUCACCUUCAGAGAUAGUCUCACGUUCAGAGAUAGCGAUAGCAGCGCAAUGAGCAAUUACAAUCAGCAGCAGUACGGCGCUCCGCCGAUUCCUCCGCAUCCGCAGCAGCAGCAGCAGCAGUACGGUGCUCCGCAGCAGUACGGGGCCCCUCAGCAGCAGUACGGGGCCCCUCAGCAGCAAUAUGGUGCACCUCAGCAAUACGGUGGUCCACCUCAACAGCAGUAUGGAGCUCCUCAACAGCAGUACGGAGCUCCUCAACAGCAAUACGGAGCUCCUCAGCAGUACGGCGCGCCUCAACAAUAUGGCGCUCCGCAGCAGUAUGGUGCCCCGCCUGCGCAAUACGGCGCACCUCCUCAGCAAUUCGGCGCCCCUCAGCCAUACGGUGCGCCGAUGGCCCAGCCCGGUCUGGGAGGCAUUGCUCCCGAUCCCUACUACGACCCCACAGCCGACGUGCACACUAUAAUAAAGGCCACCAAAGGCUUCGGCACCGACGAAGCGGCGCUCAUCCGCACUCUCGCGACAAAGACGCCCGCGCAGAUCGAGAAGCUGAAGCCUGCGUUUGAGCAUGUCCGCGGCAAGUCGCUGCGGUCGGUGAUCAAGAGCGAGACCCGCCAUGGCUCGGACUUUCAGAACGCGAUGCUGCAGAUCGUCAACGGCCCGCUCGCGUCUGAUGUCGAGAACGUCAAGAAGGCGCUCGAGGGGCUGGGCACGAAGGAGAGACUGCUGAACGACAUUGUCUUGUCGCGGACGAACGCCGAUCUGGCGGCGAUCAAGCACUUGUAUCAGCAGCGGUACAACAAGCCUCUGGCUAAGGACGUCUCUGACGAUCUCAGUCUCAAGACCGAGAAGAUGUUUGCGAUGGUGCUCGACGGUGUCAGAAUGGAAGAGUUCGUGCCGGUUGAUAUGAACAAGGCUGCCCAGGACGCCGAGGACAUCUACCGCGCGACCCUGGGAAGUCUCGCCAACACAAACGAGCUGCUCGUCUGCUCCAUCCUCACCAACAGAUCCGACAACCACAUCCGCGCGAUCGCCGAUGUCUACCUCCAGCGACACGGCCAGAAGCUGGUAGAGACAAUCAAGCACAAGUUUUCGGGCCACAUGCAGGAAGCGCUGCUGCACAUCGUCAAGCACGCCGUCAACCCGCCCACGUUCUGGGCCGAGAUGCUCGAGAACACGAUGGCCGGCCCUGGCACGAAGGACUAUCUGUUGAUUGAGAGAGUCGUGCGGAUACACUGGGAUCCCAACUUGGUGCGCGCCGUCAGACAGGCGUAUAUGACAAUCUACGGCAAGGAUCUGAUUAAGCGGAUCAAGGGUGAGACGAGUGGUGAUUACGAGAAGGUCCUUGUUGCUAUGAUGAAUGUGUAAUUGUUGUAAUUGUUAAUUUC